CUCUCUGCUGCUGAGCCGGUCACACACAAAACCUACACAGGAGCGUGUUUAAGAAACUGGUCAAGUUCCAGUAAUGCCACCGUAGUACGGACGCUCCAAGCCGAGAGAUGAUCGCGAAUCAAUUGGCUUCUCAGGCCGGGUUGCGGGUAGGCGCGGGCGCGAGUGCAAUGUACGGUAGUUUGAGUGUCCCGUGGGAUGCCGAGAACAUACUGACAGGGUGUGUUGAACCAGCCACCCAAUGCAGUGUUCGAGACUUGAAUCCAGUCCGGGGCAUCUCUACUUCCGGAUAGCCACGUCACGUACAUCUCGAGCAAUGCCAGGCCGCGUGUCGUCGAUCUACACCUAAAUGUACAGAGAGUCAUGCUGCAAACGCGACAGCGCCUUGGUUGGACGAGAACCCGUCUGCGCCAGGGUUUUGUGUGUGGCGUGUCAAUCGUUGGCUCUGGAUGAGGGCGUCUGGGCUGCAAGUUGGUUUCAUAUAUUCAUAUGCUUAUCAUAUAUACAUUUAUACAUUUAUUGUAAAGCAUUGGCCUACAACCAUUUGCGGAAGUGAGACAACCCGAAACGCAAAAGCCUUGCGAGCCUAGCGACGAUGGCGCGCUCGCGGUGCAAAACGCUGCUGCAUGGAUGCGCAGUCCUUAUGAUAUUGAGAAUAGCGGCAGCAGCGCGCUUUUUGGAGCCGAGCCACGCUUUGCCCUCGUCGAGCGCGGGUCUGCCACUUGCCGGGAGCACCUGGCAGCCCCUCGCCGAAGCAUCCGACGUCGCCAGCAUCCACGCCAGCCCAUCCUCAGCCUCUCCAAAGGUGGCCUCUGGCUAUAUUCGACUGCAUCGGCCGCGGCCCGACACCGAUGCGCGCAUGUUCUACGUCUUCGUGGAGUCCCGGAACCCAACGCCGGAGACGCCCCUAAUACUGUGGCUCACAGGCGGCCCCGGCUGCAGCGGCGAGCUGCCGCUGCUGGUGGAGCAGGGGCCGUACGAGCUUGAGGGAUUCAACGUCAGCACUGGGGCGGGUGGGGACGUGUUGGUACGGCGGCGGCGGUACAGCUGGGACCGGCAGUUCCACCUGCUGUACCUGGACCAACCCGUGGGCACAGGCUUCUCCUACAGCACGGACCCGCACGACAAGGCACACAACGAGCGGGACGUGUCCCGUGACGUGUUGGACUUCCUACGCCAGUUCUAUGCGGCCCGGCCCGGCCUCGCCAACAUCUCCCUGUUUCUCGGUGGAGAGUCAUACGCGGGCCACUAUAUCCCACCCCUGGCCAGCGCCAUCCUCCGCGCCAACGCACGCCGCGACUCCUCGUCGCUGCGCAUCCCGCUGCGGGGCGUCGCCAUCGUCAACGGCUACUUCGACCCGGGCGUGCAGUACUCAUCAAUGGCGGAUUACGUGUACAGCAACGGACUCAUCAGUACCCAGCUGCGAGCGAGCAUCAACAGGUGGAUGCCGCUGUGCCGCGGCGCCGCCCGGCUGUGCGGCGUGAGCCGCUGGGGCUGGGCCUGCAAGGCCGCGGCCUGGACCUGUGACGCUCUGUCGUUCCAGCGCCUGACUCGCGCGCUGCCGCACACCAACUGGGCUGACAUACGCAUGGUGUGCGAUCCCGCAUCCCGCCCGCUCGGCACGCCGUGCUACUACAACUUCAGCGCAAUCCACCGCUACUGGAACCGUCCUGACGUGCAGGCGGAGGUGGGUGUGCCCGCUGCCGCCAACAUCACGUGGGUGGGCUGCAAGGAUGCGGACAUGUCAGCAGACUUCCUAGCCGACAUCGGCAGCUCCUUCUCUUGGAUGCUGCCGCCGCUCAUGGACGCGGGUGUGCGGGUGCUGCUGAUCCACGGGGACAAAGACAUCGUGUGCAACUGGCUCGGCGCCGAGCGGAUGCUUGACGGCCUGCGCUGGGCGCGGGCGGCGGAGUGGCGUGACGUGAAACCCGUGAACCUGACGGUGGCCGGCGCGGUGGCGGGCUCAGUGCGACAGCUGGGGCCCCUGGCCUUUGUCCGCCUGUACGAUGCGGGCCACAUUGCAGUCAUGGACCAGCCGGGCGCCGCGAUGGCGCUCAUGCGCCGCUUCGCAGCAGGCCAGCCACUGGCACAGCAGGAGGAACCCGAGAGCGGGAUCCAAGCUGGAGGGGAGGGGCGGGAGACUGCAGCAGCACGUAGAUAGUUAGGAGGGGGUGCUGGGUGCAGCCGUGCAGGGUACGGCGGCGGUGUAGGUGCGGCGGCAUGGGUUUGGGCAUGGGCUUGGGGAUCAUAACAGCGACAGGCAGCUGCAUGUGUCUAGGGCAACUUCGUUGUUUAUUGUAC